GUAUAUCGAUUUAGACCGGAUUACAUGUAGAUCUAUUUUUUCAAUCAUCUUUUCAACAUAAAUAGAACAGCAUGAAUGUAUUAACCUGGGGUUUUGGAAAACUUGGUCAGCUAGGGAACGGAAAGGGUGAGACAGACACGCAACAUACACCUGUACGUCCCAAGUUACCUACGAACACGGAAGUGUGUGAUAUUCACUGUGGUGGAUACUAUACGGCAGUAAUUAGUAAGAACGGGCACCUGUAUACGUUCGGGUGUGGAAAGUACGGAAGGCUGGGUACAGGAGACGAGGAAGAUAGGUUAGAACCGGUGAAAAUUAAGGCUAAAGAUGAUGAUAAAGGGAACAUCACUUUCCGUAAAGUUUCGUGUGGUAUCUGGCACGGAGCAGCAAUAGCAAACGACAACAAUAUCUAUAUUUGGGGGUAUGGCAAAUCUCAUGGGGUUCUUGGUGAUCCCACUCUACCAUCAGCUGCACUCCCUACAAUCCUUAAUGGACCUUUCAACUCAAUUGUUUCGGGAAUAGCAUGCGGUAAUAAUUUUACCCUUCUGUGGACAAGUGAUGGCGAAGCGUAUAGCUGGGGAUGUGGCCGCCAUGGUGUUCUUGGACACGAAGACGGAAGCGAUAAAAACACGCCAACCAUUAUUUCUUCGUUUAAAAAUAAUAGCGUUAAGGUGAUUCACAUGAGUGCUGGAUUUGCUCACAGUGGUGUUGUCAAUAGUGACGGACGUCUUUACAUGUUUGGCAAGGGUGAGGAUGGCGCUUUAGGACUUGGACCUAGUCCGCCAAAACAAGUUAACGAACCCAGAUUGGUUAGCACCUUACAAGAUGUUCAUAUAACGGAGUUAAGUUGUAACGUUGGUGAGAAACAUGGGCAUACAUUAUGUGUGUCGAACCAAGGUCAGGUUUUUGCUUUUGGAGACGGGUAUAAAGGUAAACUAGGAUUAGGUGAUCAAAAUUCUCAUUUUGCCCCUGCAGAAAUACCAAAAGAGAACUUCAAUGGAGAACAUAUUAAUCAUGUGUCUGCAGGUGGUAUUCAUAGCGCGGCAGUAAGCGCAGAAGGUCAUAUGUUCACGUGGGGGUGUGGCAGUGACGGUCGUCUAGGUCAUCCGGAGGGUAAAGGUCACCGAUAUCUGUUUAGAAGUGAUGUACCAAGGGAAGUUGAGGGUUUGAGCAAGGUUGGUAAGGCUGUAAGCGUCAGUUGCUUCUAUUAUCACACUGUCGCGUUAAUAGAAACACGAAAGACAUAAACUUGAGAACUUUAAAAAAAUCAUUGUUUUGAUAAAGAACAUAUACAUUUGCAUAUAAUUUAAUGACACAUGUAUGAAUGGACUAGAACUGGUUUAAUAACAGUUUAAAAUAUCGAUACGAGUAUGGUUGCCAGUCAUAAGGACAUUGCUGACCAGAAGUGUCUACAUACGAAUAUGACAUUUUAUCAUAAUAUUUUUUUCUCAGCAGAAAUAGAAGAUUCAUAUAAUAUCGUAAUAAAUUAAUUAAAAAUCUUUA